AUGUCUACUACAACUGGGGCAUUCCUCGCCGGAGGUCUCGCAGCAUGCGGUGCCGUUACUGUCACGCACAGUUUCGAGACCGUUAAGAUUCGGCUACAACUCCAGGGUGAAUUGCAGGCGAAGAACGAAGGUGUGAAGAAGUAUCGGGGUGUCUUGCACGGUAUCAAGGUUAUCCUUCAAAAUGAAGGCCCCCGAGGAUUAUUUCGGGGCAUUGGAUCUGCCUACAUCUACCAGGUCCUCUUGAACGGCUGCCGUCUCGGCUUUUACGAACCCAUCCGCGCUAACCUCACAACUACCUUAUAUAACGAUCCAAAGGUACAAUCCCUCGGCGUCAAUGUUUUCGCCGGUGCGGCGUCUGGUGUUAUUGGUGCGGCUGCCGGAUCUCCUUUCUUCCUAGUGAAGACCCGCCUGCAGUCCUAUUCGCCCUUCCUCCCUGUCGGGACUCAGCAUAACUAUAAGAACUCGAUCGAUGGCUUGAGCAAGAUCUAUAGAAGCGAGGGUGUUAAGGGUAUAUACCGUGGCGUUGGGGCUGCUAUGAUCCGUACCAGCUUCGGCAGUUCUGUUCAACUCCCCACAUACUUCUUUGCUAAGCGCCGCCUGACUCGGCACUUGGGGAUGGAGGAAGGCCCCGCUUUGCAUUUGGCUAGCAGCGCGGCUUCUGGCUUUGUUGUGUGUUGCGUUAUGCAUCCUCCUGAUACCAUUAUGGCUCGCAUGUACAAUCAGACUGGUAACCUUUACCAGGGUGUCUUCGAUUGCCUGUUCAAGACUAUCCGCACCGAGGGUGUUUUGGCUAUCUACAAGGGCUUCUUCGCUCAUCUGGCCCGUAUCCUUCCCCACACUAUCUUGACCCUUAGCUUGGCCGAGCAGACCAACAAGCUGAUGCGCCGCGUUGAGGACCGUAUCUUGCCGGAUUCCUUCCGCGAGAAGAUCUAG